UUGUUUCAAAAAUAAUAUACUCUCAUCGCUAUAAGAAUUUAUGUUGACUUAUAAUUUGGGCGAAGUUUUGUUUAUGUUCUUCGCGAUUGUAAUGCUAGAACUAUGUGGUUGCUUCGUACCAUAUACUUAACUUGUUAAAUUUAAGUUUUCUUUAAAGGAACAUGUUAUAUUAUGACAAUAUCCAUUUGGGAUUAUUGUGGUUGAGUGAAGUGAAAUAUAUGACAAAAGACUACGACUACUUAUUAAAGGUGCUUUUAGUGGGAGAUAGCGAUGUUGGUAAACACGAAAUAUUAUCCUGCCUUGAAGAUGCAUCAUCAGAAAGUCCUUUUUGUAGCGGAAACGCUUAUAAAACUACGACUAUUCUUUUGGAAGGAAAACGUGUUAAGUUGCAAAUUUGGGAUACAUCUGGACAAGGUCGAUUUUGCACCAUUAUAAGGUCCUAUUCAAGAGGGGCACAAGGAAUUAUAUUAGUUUACGACAUUACUAAUAAAUGGAGCUUCGAUGGAAUUGAUAGGUGGUUAAAAGAAGUGGAAGAGCAUGCUCCAGGUAUUCCGAAAGUAUUAGUUGGUAACAGACUACACCUUGCUUUUAAAAGACAAGUUUUAUCUAAACACGCAGAGCUUUAUGCUUCUCGUAAUAAUAUGUCAUGUUUUGAAAUAUCGCCACUUUGUGAUUUUAACAUUAGAGAGUCUUUUUGCGAACUCGCCCGAAUGGCAUUGCAUAGAAAUGGUAUGGAACGGAUCUGGCGCAAUAAUAAAGUUUUGUCUUUACAAGAGCUUUGCUGCCGGACAAUUGUUAGAUGCACAACUGUAUAUGCGAUUGAUUCUUUAAGUUUACCAUCAUCUGUGAAGUCUACACUAAAAUCAUAUGCACUAACAACAUCUCAGAGCAUUCAUAACAUCAGUCAUGGUUCCCGAUUUAAAUAUCAAUGUAAAUAUCCAUUGAAUCAUAAUCGAAAUAGUUGUGCUAUUUCAUGAUUAAAUAUGUUAAUAGAAAUAUCUGUUUUCACCUUUAUUGUAUAAGUUGGUAUUGUAUUAAAAAAACUGAGUCUUGUUAUUAUGUUUAAUUUAUUCUGAAUUUGCGUCAUGAAUAAAUUAAGUUUUAAAUAAGAAAUGUAUGAGUAAAUCUAA